AUGAUCGCCGCUCGCUGGGGUCAUAAAGGAGUGUUUGACCUGCUGGUCAGCAGAGGCGGCGAUGUGGCACUGGUCAGUGACCACGGGGACAACAUCCUCCAUGUGGCUUGCUAUGGAGGUCACGUGGACAUGGUGAAGCACAUCCUGUACAAAUACCAUGUACACCUGGACACCAGGAACCAGUACGGGCGGACAGCAGUGAUGGUCGCGGCUCGCAUGGGUUAUGUGAGCGUGGUGGACCUUCUGAUCAGACGGGGAGCCGAUGUGUCUGUCGUCAAUGACGAAGGCGAUAACCUGCUGCACGUUGCCUGCAGCGGCGGCCACCUGGAGAUGGUGGAGUACGUGGUCCUGCGCGACUUGGUCGACAUCAACUGUACAGAACUCCUGGGAAUGACACCGCUCAUGUUGGCAGCAAAGCAUGGGCACAUUAAGGUGCUUGACUUUCUCGUCAGUGAAGAAUGUGACGUGUCUGUGUUGACAGUGAAUGGGGACAACGUCCUCCAUGUUGCGUGCAGUGGAGGGAAUGAGAGGAUGGUGAACCACAUCAUCCAGAUGGACAUGGUCGACGUGGCGGCGAGAAACCACUUCGGGUCUACAGCUGCCAUGGUAGCCAGAGAACAGGGUCACCAGUCUCUCUCCGACAGCAUGUCCACGUGA